GCAUCGAUCAAAGCCGCCACCGCUCAAUAUGCCCGAGGCCUCCUAUCAUUCUACAAGGGGGAUGCUGAGGGCCUUCCCAAAGAGGAAAUCGGUGUAUUUCCCAAACCGCCUUAUUAUUGGUGGGUAUCUGGGGCAGCAUGGGGGGGAAUGAUCGAAUACACGAAGUUUACUGGUGAUACUUCGUAUGUCAAGACGCUUACACGUGCCCUGGUUGCGAAUUAUGGUCCCAAUAACGAUAUUCUCUUGCCGUGGAAAAAGGACCAGGAGGGCAACGACGAUCAAGCGUUCUGGGCGCUUGCACUCAUGUCGGCACUCGAGUACGACUUCCCAGACCCUGACGAGAAGCCGCCUGCAUCCUACCUCGAAGUCGUUGAGAACUGCUUCAACAACAUUGUUCCCCGCUGGGACCUCACCUCCUGCAAUGGAGGCUUCAAAUGGCAAAUCUAUCCAGAAAAUGCAUACGGAUGGAACUACAAGAAUUCCAUCUCCAACGGCGCUGUCUUCGCCCUGGCUGCCCGCCUCGCCCGGUACACUGGCAACCAAACUUACGCCGAUUGGGCGGUCAAGAUAUGGGACUGGUCAAAGGCCAUCGGCUUGGUCACCGACAAGUACGAGGUCUUGGACGGCACCAGCGACAAGGAAAACUGCACCGAUCAUGAUAACACGCAGUGGACGUACAACAUCGGCAUGUACAUGCACGGCGCCGCAGUCAUGUACAACUACACCAACGGAGACCAGGCCUGGAAGAGGCAUGUCGCUGGAUUCAUCGACCACUCUUCGUUCUUCUUCAAACCGCACGAUAACGCCCCGGAUAUCAUGUACGAAAUUGCAUGCGAGACUGGGCAGACCGGCCGCGCUUCGUGCAACGUUGAUCAGCAGUCAUUCAAGGCGUACUUUGCCCGAUUCCUCGCCAAGACAGCUAUCAUGGCUCCCUUUACGAGAGAUCAGGUGACGAAGUGGCUUCGAGCUUCUGCGAUCGGUGCGGCUAAGUCUUGCUCCGGAGGUGCCGAUGGAGCUACUUGUGGGAGUAGGUGGUACACUGGCUCCUGGGACGGUGCUACGGGCGUAGGACAGCAGUUGUCUGCGUUGGAAGUUACGCAGGCGCUGUUGACCUUGAGAAAACACGUUGUACCUCGUGUGCAAUCGGGCCCUGAGCCUGCUCCUCCGUUGAGGAGCUCGACGGGAGGAGCAGUCCCGACAGCUACUGGGACGGCGGUAAAGAAGCCAAAGCCAUCAGAAACACCAAAGCCGUCAGGAACUUCAAAGCCAUCAAAGGCGCCAAAGCCUUCAGAGACGCCGCAGCCAUCUGAGACAUCCAAGGCUACAGGCUCGCCAGCGACUAGCGGCGCUCCGGCGGCUCCCGAAUUCCAAGAUUCGGCGGAGACUCCAUCCCCUCCCUCCCCAUCUGGAAGUGGGAAAUGCAACUGCAGCCCAAAGAGCACCACGACUGUUUACGUACAACCCCCUUCGCUCACCACCGCGCAACCGGCACCCCCAGGGGAUAUCGCCACGACACCUCUCGGCUCUCAGGCCCCACCGAGCAGCUCACCUUCCACCACCCCGAGUGUGCCGGAGAAUGUUUUCGACGGAGCCGCAGUGACUGUCAGGCGGCCGGGCGUUGCGAUGGUAGCUGGUCUGUUGGGCGCUCUUCUGUAUGUUCUUUUGUAAACUGCAUUCGAGGUGCAUAUUUUGCUUUUCGGGU